AUGACAACCGCAGCACCCUCCAAGCUGGACAUAACCCACGCUUACCGGCACCUCUACCGGGGCCUCCUCCGCGCCGUGCAGUACUCGGCGCCGGCGCGAUACGUGGCGCGGGACCAGCUCCGGGCGGCGUUCCGGGAGCGCAAUGCGGCGCUGGAUCACGAGGGCGUGAAGAGGACGGUGUGGUUCUUGGAGGCGGCGGCCAAGGAGAGGGGCCUGGAGCAUAAGAUUCUGAAGAACUUGAUCCGGGUGCGGCUGGAUCGGGCGUGGGGGACGAGGGCUUGGAAGAGGGCUUUGAAUGAGACGAAGAUGAAACAACUACGAGAUGAUGCGAUGCAGCACUAUAAUAUGACUGUUGCGAUGCUGAAUAAGAGCAUGGGGCUUUGUUUACGAUGA